ACAAAAUGAAUCAACAUGAAACCCCAUCUUUUUUCACCAGGACUACGGGAGGCAACAGGAGGAGUCAAAUUCAAAUGAAUUUACGAAAAACUUAAGGCCAUGGACACGAAUGGUUAAUUCUGACUGUGAAAGUACUGAAUUUCGGAUUACCAGGCGGAAAGUACAACAGUUGCACUACUUCAAGUUUCCUACUUAUCAAUCCUCCAUAUGCCCAUGUCCGCGUGUCAUAUUGGCUCUGUAGUUACUCCGCUAGCAGUUUUAAAUCGAUUACCAGGUUGGCUUGGAACUCUGGUUAUCAGUCCUGAUGGAUCAGUUUUACAAUCAGCUGGAGAAUUAGUAAAUAAUAAGGAUUUGGCUCAAACUUUUGCUGCAAUCGCUAAUCGAGUAGGUCGUUUAUUAAACAUGGAAGGUGAAAGGAAAACACAACAACUUAAAAGAUUGACUGUACAUUUUGAUCAUUCAAUAUAUAUUAUGACAUGCGUUGGUGAUACAAUCUAUGUAGUGAAACGCUUACCAGACAAUCAUAAUACAACACAUACAGAGUUAUAUCAGCAUGUACAACACAUGAAAUCUGAUAAUAAUAGUAAUAACAACAACAACAACAAUCCUAUUGGGGUACAACAUACUGCCAAUAAUGUUACUAACGAUAGUAGUAAUAAUAAUUCAACUGUAGUGGAUAAUCAUGCACCUCAGCAGUUCUUUAACCCACGCAAUUCAGAUGAUUAUUGACAGUUGAAUAUAUAUUUACGCAACAUAUAUGAAAAAAAGCAAGCUAUUUGUAUUAUUGUUAAUUUAUUUGAGCACAAUGACUAUGAGAUGAAAAGGUUGUGACGUUGGUAGUUUUUACUGCCUUUCUGUAAAUAAUUACAACAUUUUUCUCCUUGAUUUUUCUCACCUUACUUAUUUGACGUAACUACAGAAUAAAUUUCUUUCAUAACUUCUUUCUUUCUUCGUCUAUGCCUUCAUUUGAAUGUUCAGAGUGUUUUAUGCGAGUCCAUGGG